UCUCUGUCUCUCUCUUGCUCUCUCUUUUUCUCCGCAUAAAAGGAGAAGAAGGAGGGGGAGGGGGAGAGAGAGAGAGAGCAGAGCAGUCUGCAGAGUGUCUCCUCUUUUCAAAAUCUCUUUUUUAUGAUAUGUUAAUCUUUAAUCUCGUCUCUCUGUUCUGUGCCUCUUUAUCUGCUUCGUGGUCAUCGCAAGGUUGUGUUAGAUCUCUCACUGUCACUCUCACUCUCGCUCGCCUCCCUCCCGUACCUCCCGCUCACAGAUCUCUAACGUGAUCUUUUGGACUCUAAAGGUGUCAAGUUGUUUUCUUUCUCUGUGUUUUGGAGUUCUUUGUUGGGGGAGGUUUAGUGUAGAUCUCCCUCCCUCCCUCUUUUUUGCUCUCCCCUUUUAUCUUCUGAUCUGGGCCUUUGCUCGCGUAUGAUUUCGCCUUUUUAGUGACCUCUGGUGAAGGCAGCGUGUGUCUGAGAGGGAGAGAGAGAGAGAGAGAGAGAGAGAGAGCUUUAGCGGGGGAGGGAGAGAGGGGGAUUUUGGGGGGUUCAAAGAAGGGGCGGAGCUCGAUCAUAAGUCCAUUAUGCUGGUUAUGAUGACGGAUUGCUUCCUUUUGACCGGCGCCAUUGAAGGCUCCCCCAGAUUGCAGCGUCCAACGUCGCCUAGCGCAGAGCAAAAGCGAGCUCUCAACACCGAUCCUGUCUUCUUCUCUUGUUUCGGCUUCUAGCCUCCUGCCACCUCUCUUUCCUCUCUUCUUCUUCUUCUUCUUCUCGCUUAGAAAUCGAAUCUUGGGAUCUAAAGUUGGGUUCUUUGAGGCUCCGAACAAUGCCGCAGUACCAGCAGCAGGCUUCAUGGAGGCUGGAGGGCGGGGGGCAGAUCAUAGAUCUGGAGACCGCUAUCAAAGAUGGGAUCUUGGGCGGCGGCGGCGGGGGCCUCCCUGCAGGGAAAGAUGGGACCUUGGGAGCCACCGCGGAGAAGCUCGACCUCAAGAAGAUGAUCGAGGAGCUCGACUCGGCGGCGCCCGAGGACGUGCCGUCGGUGUUCAUCUGCCCCAUCUCCCUCGAGCCUAUGGUGGAUCCCGUCACGCUCUGCACCGGCCAGACCUACGAGCGCGCCAACAUCCUCAAGUGGUUUUCCUUGGGGCACCUCACCUGCCCAACCACCAUGCAGGAGCUGUGGGACGACGCCGUCACCCCCAACCGAACCCUCCACCAGCUGAUCAACGCCUGGUUCUCGCAGCGUUACCUCCUACUGAAGAAGAGAUCCGAGGACGUCCAGGGCCGGGCCGCCGAGCUCGUCCAAAGCCUAAAGAAGGUCAAGGGGCAGGCCAGAGUCCAGGCCCUCAAGGAUCUCCAGAAGAUCGUCGUCGCCCACCCCUCCGUCAAGAAGACCGUCGCCGACUCC